UCAUGCCACUGCAGCUGCAGACUGGGCAACAAGAAUGAAUCUCUGUCCCAAAAACAAAACACUCUGAGAGACAAGGUGAAGCCAGGUGUGAAGUCAGGUGCACGGGGAUGCUGCUGGCUGCCGGUGGGGGAGUUUGGUAGGCGCAGGAGUGGGAAUUCCCAGGUCUUCUAAUUGCUCUUCACCUGCACAUGGCAGCCUGUCAGCAUUGUAGCCAUCAGGGCGAGGCACAAACUGAUUUUUCCCUCCCCUACAAGUGCUGUGACCGAAGAUCCCUGGGCAAACCUAGAGAAUCCUCUGAACAGGAAGAAAGCCCAGAUGACAAAGGACUGAGUCACUGUCCUGGAAGGGGACUCAGGUCUUUCCAAGAAGGGCUCUCCCACGCACUGCCCUCGGGUUCCUUGAAGCAGAACCUUCUGGUGACAAGUGGGGCCCCCGCCCACCGUGGCUCUCCCAGGCUGCUGGCUGCAGGUGCUGCCUGUACCCUGUGUCUGCCCCAGCCUCAUCUCCGGGCAGAGCAGCUGGCUUUGAUUUUUUAAUCAUUGUGUGAGCUAAUGGUUUUGAUUUUUAAGAGCUGCCUCAGGAGGAGCAGGGGCCAUUUGGAGAAUUCCUCCUUGAAUCUCUUGGGGUCCUGCUUAGGGCUCAUUAAACUCAGGCCAGGAAACAGCAGCACCUGCCAACUGGCCAAGGAGGAGCUGCCGGGGUCUAUUGAGUAAAUGUCUGUCCCUAGAGACAGACACUCACUUACUCAGUCCUUUUUUUUUUUCCCAGAGAUGGGAUCUUGCUCUGUUGCCCAGGCUGGAGUACAGUGGUGCAUUCAUAGCUCACUGCAGUUGCAACCUCCUAGACUCAAGCGAUCCUCUCAUUUCAGCCUCUUGAGCAUCUGGAACUACAGGCACGUGCCAUCAUACCUACCUGAUUUUUUUUCUUUUUUUGUAGAGAUGGGGGUCUCACUAUGUUGCCCAGGCAGGUCUAGAACUCUUGGCCUCUAGGGGUCCUCCAAUCUCAGCCUCCUGACAUGCUAGGAUUACAAGUGUGAGCCACCACUCCUGGUCCCAUUCAUUCAUUCAUUCAUUCACUCAGUCACUCAUACAUUCAACUGCCAUUUCCUGAGCACGUCCUGUGUGCCCAGCACUGUGCUAGAUGCUGACGGUACAACAGUGAGCCACGCAAGUACAGCAGGGGACACUAGGGGACCCACACACAAGCAGAUCCCAGCCACUCUGGAACACAGGGACAGGCUUUCCCAAGGAAGUGGCAUGUGAGGAGGCCUGGAGGUUGAGUAGACAUCAUACAGGUUGGGAUGUGAGGGAAGGGUGUUCCUGGCAGCCAGAACAGUGUAUGCAAAGGGGCUGGGGUGAGUGGGGCUAAAGGGAGCACAAACAGGCCAGCACUUGGAGGGAAGUUGGGAGCAGGUGCAGGUCAGGCUGGGUGGUCGGCAGAGCCAGAUCUGGAGGGUACCCGACUGGAGCUGGUGGGCCAACCGGGAGCCUAUUGCUGCACCCAGGAGAUGGUGGUGAGGAAGCGGGUGGUGCCGGCAGAAGAGAGGAGUGGGGCAAUUCCAGAAAAUCCAAGAAUGGCAUUUCCAGGGCUCCACGACUGGGCAUUGGGGGAAAGGUCUGUUUCUGAUGUCUGGUCGGUUUCUGGCUUCGAUGGAUAGUGGCACCAUGGAAGGAUGGUGAGCUGAGAAGAGGCGAUUGAUUCCCAGGGAGGAUGGCAAUGGGCAUCAGGCCACCUUGAACAGAGGAUCCUGCAGGUGCUGACAGAGGCUGGCUCCCCAGUGAAGCUUGCCCAGCUGGUGAAGGAAUGCCAAGCACCCAAGAGGGAGCUCAACCAAGUCCUCUACCGAAUGCUAAAGGAGCUGAAAGUCUCUCUCACAGCCCCCGCCACCUGGCGCUUGGGCGGGACUGGUCCUGGAGGCGAGGGUCCUGCAGAGCUGGCCCCGUCCAGCCCUGCCGAGAGGCCCCAGCAAUGUGUAGCUACAGUUCCAGAGACCCCUAGCCCUCAGUUCAGUCAACAACGAGAGGAAGACAUCUACAGGUUUCUCAAAGACAAUGGUCCCCAGAGGGCCCUGGUCAUCGCCCAGGCACUGGGAAUGAGGACAGCAAAAGAUGUGAACCCAGACUUGUACAGGAUGAAGAGCAGGCACCUUCUGGACGUGGAUGAGCAGUCCAAAGUGUGGACGAUUUACCGCCCAGAAGGUUCUGGAAGAAGAGCAGAGUUGGCCUCAAUUAUUUACCAGCACAAUCCAAUCAACAUGAUCUGCCAGAAUGGACCGAACGGCCGGAUUUCCAUUGCAAACUCCGAAGCCAUCCAGAUUGGACACGGGAACAUCAUUACAAGACACACAGCCUCCGGGGAGGAUGGUUCUACUGGUCCCCGCCACCUCCCUUCAAUGGCACCAGGUCAUUCCUCAACUCAGGGGACCCUGAAUGAUCCCUGGGGGCCCCAGGACAUCCACAUGGAGCGGUCCAUGCUCAGACGGGUGCAGCUGGGACACAGCAAUGAGAUGAGGCUUCACGGCGUGCCGUCCGAGGGCCCUGCCCACAGCCCCCCUGGCAGCCCUCCAGUCUCUGCCACUGCUGCCGGCCCAGAAGCUUUGUUUGAAGCAAGAAUGCCCAGUCCAAGAACUCACCCCAAGGGGGAUGCCGCCCAGAGAAUCUACAUGAAAUCGUGCUUUCUCGAGGAUGCCACCAUCGGCAACAGCAACAAAAUGUCUAUCAGCCCAGGGGUGGCUGGCCCAGGAGGAGUCGCAGGGUCUGGAGACAGGCAGCCAAGGGAGGACGCAGGUCCUCGUCCCACAGACACACAAUCCAGAAGUCACUUUCCUCAAGACAUUGGUCAGCCCAUCACUCGCAACUCCUCGAAGCUCACCCCCAAGCUGGAAGCUAUGACUCUUGGAAACAGGAGUCACAAAGCUGCAGAAGGCAGCGACUAUGUGGAUGAAGCCUCACACUAGGGGAGCUGGUGGGGAGGUGGGAUUUCGUGCACAGCCUCACGUGGGGCUUGGACACGUGGGGGUGGGUGCAUGCUAGCCUGCUGCUCUCUGCAUUCCUUAAGUGUCUUGUUUGUCCUGCUUGCUUCCAGACAUAACCUGCAUGAGUCAGUUUUAGGGGAUGGACCUGGCGUGGGGAUGAGUUCAGGCCAGGUCUUCUGAUGGCCAGGAGCAGAUGACAGGGAGUUGCUUUGGGGAACCCUUGGUGUGCCAAGAGGAGGUGGGUAGAUGGGAGUGGGGCUCGGUAACCUAGCCUGGCCCAGGCCACUCUCUCCACUCUUUCCUGGGCUCGGGGCACCUGCCUUGAGUUACCUUCCAUCAUGGCUAUUUGCUGUGGUUUGAAUGUUUGAGUCCCAACAAAAUUCAUAUCAACACAUAAUCCCAACUGGGCGCAGUGGCUCACGACUGUAAUCCCAGCACUUUGAGAGGCUGAGGUAGGUGGAUCACUUGAGCUCAGGAGUUCAAGACCAGCCUGGGUAACAUGGUGAAACCCCGU